AACAUUACGCAAUGAACUAUCUGCUUCAAAAUCACGGUGCAAAAUUUAUCUGCAAAAUUCCCGAUGGCCUGCGAGAGUUAUGCGCAGAUAUUUCCCGUGAGGUUCUUCGGAGCCAACCAGUCCACAUCUACAGCUUCAUCGCAGAAUAUGUUGAAGGAUUGCGAUUAACCCGAGAAACUGCUACAAUUGCUGCCAAAUUAGUUGACAGCAUUAUGGCAAAGAGCGAGGAUAUUGUUAAUCUUCUUAAUCGUUGUGGAUUAGAUUUGGAGCAGAUUGCUGCUAUCGCACCAAAGCUACAGGGAGAGUUCAGAGAUUACAUCAAUGCUACUGAUUGCAGCUGCUCUAUUAAGUCUGACGUCUGUGUUGAUGCUGAUUGUAAUGAAGAUAAUGAGUUGACUAUUAGGAGAAUUGUGGAGGAUGCAGGUGUGACUUUAGAAGUCGCAGAGAGAGCAGCUAUAAUAAUUCAGAAAGCCUUUCUUCAACAUUAUAAACGAAUAACUCAAAGCGAGCUCACUGGCGAGGCUUCGUGGAAGCUAGCAAUAAUGAGUACGAUUGAUAUUUUGAGAAAAGUCGGUCUAUCAGAACGAGAAGCGAUGAAAACCGCCCAAUCGAUCGAGUCGAAGUAUCAGGACUACUACACGAAAGGGAGUCGAAUGAAGUCGUAUGAUGCGGCUAAAAAUGAGGGGAACGCCAAGGAGAAUGAAUUUUCACAGACCAAUGAAAGUAUUCAAGCUGUCGCUUUGUUGAAUAUGAUGUACGACGACUCAGGGAUUUCAGGGGAACAGGCCAAUCGAGCUGCUACGAUUAUUCAACGGGCUUUCCGUAAGUAUCGAUCACGCAAGAAUUCUAGCCUACAUCCCUCGGUUUCAACGGGUACUCUGGCUGCCAGAGAAAUUCUCGACAACUUGCAUCAGAGAAUCUUCGACAAAGUUCUAUCAGGCGAGGCAAUUCCCGACGAGUUUGGCACGAUCCAGGAAAUCGCUAAGGCAACUGAAAAACUUUCAAACGCCUACGAAGAACGCCUCGAUGGCUCCAAAUUGUCCCACGAUAAUGCAAUGAGUAGUCAGGAGGAAACAGAAGGAGCUGAUUUCAAAGAGGAUAACGAGCAUUUGCAUCACUGAAGAUUCGAUGAUCCAAUUUGCACUGUUGAAGUCCAAGAAAAAUAAAAUCACAUUUUGGUGAAAUUAAAUUAUCUAGCGAUCGAUCUGUGAGAUUGAAAUUAACUGGACAACUGUUUUGUCCUGCAUUAAAAUGAUAUAAAAAUAAUUUGCUUAUUUAAUGUCAA